AUGGCAUUCGGUGGUCCUAGAGGAGGUGGCCGCGGCGCUCCCCGUGGUGGUCGUGGUGCUCCACGUGGAGGAGGUGGUGGUCGCGGUGGCAGAGGCGGACUUGGAAGCGGUGGUCGUGGCCGUGGUGGUCCUCGCGGCGGCGGCCGUGGUGCCCCUGCUCGUGGUCGCGGUGGUCGUGGCGGCGGUCGUGGCGGUGCUAAGGGUGCCAGGGGUGGUGCCAAGGUCAUCAUUGAGCCUCACCGUCACGCCGGUGUCUUCGUUGCCCGUGGUGGUAAGGAAGAUUUGCUUGUCACCAAGAACUUGACUCCUGGAGAGUCCGUCUAUGGCGAGAAGCGCAUUGCUGUCGAGUCCCCUGCCGGUGAGGAUGGCGCCGUCACCAAGACCGAGUACCGUGUGUGGAACCCCUUCCGUUCCAAGCUUGCCGCCGGUAUCCUGGGUGGUCUCGAUGAUAUCUACAUGAAGCCUGGCUCCAAGGUUCUGUACCUUGGAUCUGCCAGCGGUACCUCCGUCAGUCACGUCGCUGAUAUUGUCGGACCUACCGGAAACGUCUACGCUGUCGAGUUCUCCCACCGUUCUGGCCGUGAUCUGAUUGGCAUGGCCACCCACCGCACCAACGUUAUUCCCAUCGUCGAGGACGCCAGACACCCUCUCCGCUACCGUAUGCUCGUCCCCAUGGUUGACGUUAUCUUCGCCGAUGUUGCCCAGCCCGAUCAGGCCCGUAUUGUCGGCCUGAAUGCCCACAUGUUCUUGAAGAACGAGGGUGGUGUCAUUGUCUCCGUCAAGGCCAACUGUAUCGACAGCACGGCCAAGCCCGAGGUUGUUUUCGCUCGUGAGGUGCAGAAGAUGAGAGAGGAGAAGAUCAAACCCAAGGAGCAGCUGACUCUGGAGCCUUUCGAACGUGACCACUGUAUAGUGUCUGGUAUCUACAAGCGUUCUGCAUAA